AACAAAUUGGAUGACAUCUGGAGCACCACCGACUAUUUCAACAGAAAAAAGUCGAAGUAAACAGCUUCGAAAAUCGUCAAAGCGCACAGCCAGCACCGUUGAAGGUACAGAGGCUAAGCAAAUGCGCGGCGACACUGAAAAUCGUUCCGACGGAGAAAUGGACGAUGUUUCAACAAGCAGCGAAAUCAGACAUGGAAAUGGAUUUAUUGAGAAUUUCAGAAGUCAAACCGGCAAUUCUUCACGCACAACCGCAACAAAUGAACGCAUCAAAAAGAAACUUGUGAUAAAGAACUUUAAAGCGAACGCGAAUCAAAAUGAUGUUGCGAUGGGGGACACCAAUAUUGAUAGUACAGACGGAUCAGUUGGUAGAGAUUGGGCUGUUCUUUCGGAUAAUGUUUUCGCUAUUCUUGAAGAUAGGAAAACAGUAACCACUUUGGAAGGCUUAUUCAGCAAGGUCAGAUCUGUGUGCGAUAAAAAUCAAUCAAAAGUACUUUACGAUCGUCUCGUUGCAAUUGUUGUUCAGUUUGCAAAAUCAUUAAAGGAGUCGUUAAAUGCGGUUGAGCAAGUUCCUCUUGCAGAAGACAAUUGUGAGCAAUAUUUGGAAAAGUUUGGGCAGAUCUGGCAAGCAUAUCCAGUUAAAAUCAAUCUCAUCAGGAAUAUUUUUCUUCAUCUGGACCGAAUUGCGCUCGGCGCUACAGACACAGAAAUUCUCCCUUUGUGGGAAUGUUUCAUGCAAAUAUUUCAAAAAACAUUCUUCCCGAACAUUUUCAAGGAAUUCAAAGCAACAAAACUGUUCAAUGCUCUCUAUAUGGCGAUGCAGAAAAUUAUGCAGAGGUAUCCAGUGGACAGUCCUCUCAGAAGUCUUGUAGAUAUGCUUCAAACAGUUCAUGUGUCUGAAGAAUUUGCAAAAUUCCUUAUUAGCCAACUUCGAGAGCACUAUAACAAUGAGAGAAUCGAUAAAGUUCCAAAAAUGAAUUGCAACGAUUACAUGGAAUACUGUGAAGACCAGAUAAAUCGAUAUUCGCAAUUAGUGAAAGUGAACUUUGAUGAACCGUCGGCUCUAAAAGAUGUUCAGGCAACAGUGACAAACUGUCUCAUUCAACAAGCAAUUCCUGAAAUUCUCACACAUGAUUUUGACGAUCUUAUCGAUUCUGAUAACAUUUCGGAUAUCGGCCGAAUGUUUAAUUUGUGCCGUCAAUGCGUUGGUGGAGAGGAUGAAGUACGUACACAAUUCUCAAAGUAUUUGAAAAAACGCGGAGAGAAAUUGAUUGCUACGUGUCCUGAUGAAGAUCUUGUUUCUGAGCUACUUGCUUUCAAGAAGAAAGUUGAUUUUAUCAUGACUGGAAGCUUCAAAUCCGCAAAUGAUCCAGUAAAAAUGAGACAAUGUUUGUCAGAUGCCUUUGAAUCUUUUGUAAAUAAACAAGUCGAUCGAUCUGCAGAACUUAUUUCAAAGCACUUCCACACACUUCUUCACAGUAGCAAUAAAAAUGUAUCAGACGACACAACUCUCGAUCAAAUGGUAGAUGAAGCUAUUGUGUUGUUCCGAUAUCUUCGUGGAAAAGACGUUUUUGAAGCAUAUUAUAAAAGAGGUCUUGCUAAGCGGCUUUUCCUUGAAAGAAGUGCAUCUGUUGAUGCUGAAAAGAUGGUUUUAUGCAAGUUAAAGACAGAGUGUGGCUCGGCGUUCACAUACAAAUUGGAAGGAAUGUUCAAAGAUAUGGAUGCAUCUGAAAAUUAUGGAAGAUUAUUCAACCAAUAUCUAGAACAUAUGAACAAAGAAAAAGCGAAUUUCACUGCUCGAGUCAUAACUCCAGAAUAUUGGCCAACCUAUGACACAUAUGAAAUUAAUAUUCCAAAAGAGAUGAGAGAUACACUUACCGAUUAUCAAGAUUUUUACCGUGUUCAACAUGGAAAUCGGAAUGUUAAAUGGCAUCACGGACUGGCUUCUGCGGUUAUUUCUGCUUCAUUCAGGCCUGGAUGUAAGAAAGAAUUAAUUGCAACAAUGUAUCAAACUGUCAUUCUUCUUCUUUUCAACAAAUGUGAGACAUGGACUGUCGCUGAAAUUGUUGAGCACACUAAGAUUCUGGAAAUUGAAGUCGUCAAAAAUGUGCUUGCACUUCUUGGUGGACGUGAUAAGCCUAAGGUUUUGCAGAGAGUCGAAGGAGGUGGAUCCGAAAAGAAGGAAGGUACUGUGGAAAAUUUGAAAAACGAGAAAUUUGUUGUAAAUUCUAAAUUCACGGAGAAGCGCUGCCGAGUUAGGAUUGCUCAGGUCAAUAUAAAGACAGCUGUGGAAGAGACGAAGGAAGUGAAAGAAGAAGUGAAUUCUGAUCGACAAUACAAAAUUGACGCUGCUGUUGUAAGAAUUAUGAAGGCUCGAAAGCAGCUAAACCAUCAAACUCUAAUGACGGAGUUAUUGCAACAAUUGAGAUUCCCCGUGAGCACCGCCGAUAUCAAGAAACGCCUGGAAUCACUCAUCGAACGUGAAUAUAUAUCGAGGGAUCCUGAAGAGGCAUCUAGCUAUAAUUAUGUUGCGUAAUACAUAAUAUCAUUUUUAUUCCUUUUUCAAAUUCAAUCCUUAUCCGUGCCACUGGUCUCUUCUCAUCUCGUUUGCCCUGUUAUUGAACAGUUUUCUUCCUUUAUUUGUGCGAGUUUCGUCUUUUUUAGAGAAAAAUGUACUAAAUGUUAGUUUCUGUUUUUUCAAUUAUGUUUUUCUCUUCACCUAACAUGUGCAUCCAAAAUACUGUUGAAUACAUGGUUAUUUGAU